GGAAGAAGUUCUCUGAUACAUUACCUGUUCAGAUACCACAACCAGAAAGUCAUGUCUGGAAUCAAAGGAAAACCAGCAUUUAAACAGCCAAAUCCUGUCCAACAAAUCCUGGAGCCACAGCCUAUCUGUGAAGAUAUAGUCACUCCGAAGCAUCCUGCUCCUUGUCCUGUGCCUGUGACACCACAGCCUUGUGCACCCGUGCAAGUUACUCCACAACCUCCUGCUCCUGUGCCUGUGACACCACAGCCUUGUGCACCUGUGCAAGUUACUCCACAACCUCCUGCUCCUGUGCCUGUGGCACCACAGCCUUGUGCACCUGUGCAAGUUACUCCACAACCUCCUGCUCCUGUGCCUGUGACACCACAGCCUUGUGCACCUGUGCAAGUUACUCCACAACCUCCUGCUCCUGUGCCUGUGGCACCACAGCCUUGUGCGCCUGAACCCACUGUUAACCAGGGGAAGAAAGGAUGCAAAAAGUAAAGUGAAUGUCUCAGAUGAAGAUGGGGUUUCCUCUACCACUAUACACCCUACUGCAAAAGAAUUGUUAAUUUAAUUUAAAUUAUUUUGUUUCUGUUAGA